AUUAAGUUCAUUAAUCCAACCUCACUUCUCCGCCAAAACCUUUGGUCCUUGGCAUCACCGACGCUAAUACUAGUACAGAAAUUUCGUCCUCAUGCAAAUGGCCGAAUAUCCCGAGGAGCGAUAUCAGUAUGAGGCUUUGCCUACAAAGACGUCGUUCAGAGUACUUGAGCUUCUGUCUGGCGUGGAAGGCGAUCCAAUAUCUUGUCUGUUACGCAGUGUACAUUGGGCCGACUUACCGGUAUACGAAGCAAUAUCCUAUGCUUGGGGCGAUCCAAUGGCCAGAGCUCCAGUCAUCGUCGAUGGGAAAAGCUUAGACGUAACCGUGAAUCUUUGGAGGGGAUUGAAGCACUUUCGAUACCAAGAUCGCUCUCGAGUAUUGUGGGCCGAUGCUAUCUGUAUCAAUCAAACAGAUACCCCUGAACGUGGCUACCAAGUCACCCAAAUGCGGAAGAUCUAUCAGAAGGCGAAGACCGUCCUCAUCUGGGUCGGGCCAGAUUCGGAGGACCACCAGGCAAGAGUCGCAGUAGACUCUAUCAUCACAAUAUCGGACUUCUUGUGUCAAAAGCUUGGAAUUCAAGUCUCGGAUCUCUAUUCAGAGGAAAAUCUUUACCAAAAAAUCAUGGCUACAGCUGGCGAGGUUAUUCCCGUGCCAAAUGAAUGCGAAUUUAGCACUGAAGCCAUGUGGAAGUCCCUACUUUGGUUCUACAAGCAUCCUUACUUUACUCGGGUAUGGGCUAUCCAAGAAGUGAACGCUAAUAAAGAGCGUUUGCUUCACUGUGGCCGUGAGGAGGUCUUGUGGGAUCGAGUUAGUCUGGUUGCGUGCUAUAUCACAAUGGAAACUGCGUUCUCGAAAGCAUUUGGCUUCACGAAUGCGUAUUGCUGGUGGGCAGCAACUGUGACGACAGAUCUAGUGCUGCCAAAGAAUUGGCUUUCAAUGCUAUACCUUGCAUCCAACUUCUCCAGCUUGGAUCCUAGAGAUGUAAUAUAUGGUCUCCGGGGCAUGAUGGAACUUGGAAAGGGAGCAGAGCUGCUGGAGCCUGAUUACUCAAAGUCAGCCGCCGAAGUUUACCGGGAUUCUGUCGAAGCAGCAUUCGUAAAUUUCGAUACAACCGACAUUUUGCUCUACGUUCAAGGCGUCGAAGAUCCUUCAUGGGUUCCGCGAUGGGAUAUACCUAUGCUGUUUCGAAACCCUUUUCGAUUUGGCAAGCCAUUGCCAUGGAGACCCGCCGGAGAGACAAGUCCAAUUUGGUCCAUUGACAAGGAAUCAAACAUAUUAUCUCUCUCUGGAUUUAUUAUUGGUCCUAUCAAAUUCGUCGAACCUUAUAACGAGAAUAUCUUUUGCAAUUCAAUGGUGGAGUCAGAUUCGGGGCGAAAGACGCUGAAGGAAAUUUGGCAAAGGAUACUGAAGACUAUGCGAAAUGGCCAGUUACACGUUCCCUUCAGUGCCGACGAACUCACCGCCGCUGCUACAUCGUUCUCCUUUGGUCUAAAUGAGAAGAGCGACCCUGCAAACGAGCAACUUCUAGUCCAGCGAUUUGUCGCCUACUUGAAGAUAGCGCUCGAUGAAGAAAUAUACAACACGUAUAUACCAGCCGACAUGUCCGAGGAUUCCAAAAAUGCAGACGGACGAUUAUUCGGCAAACCAGUCUGGGACUUCAAAUACCCAGAAUCGAGCUUUUUCAUUACUGAAGACAAAUUUAUAGGAUGUUCGAUAUCUCCAACUAGACCGGGAGAUGUGAUUUAUGUCGCACGUGGAAGCACGUAUCCUUUAGUCUUGCGUCCAGAUGGCGAGGAGUUUCAUAUUAGGGGUUUCGCGUAUGUUCAUGGAUUAAUGCAUGCAGAGAAGAAAGAUUUGGAAAUGAAAGUUUUGAAGAUCCGUUGAUGUUGAUGCAUUAAAGGAUUCCUUAGUGCCAGGAUUUCUUCAUGUGCUUUUCAAGUUGGGGUUAUAUCAAGUCAACUAAUUUCUGGCCCUGGUGGCCUGAAUAGCGUUGGAAGACUAU